GGGAAGUGGUGGGGAGGGACACCGGUACCGUACCGUACCGUAGCCCCCCAAUUGGGUCAUCGGACAAGCGUCCACGUUUCACACCCAACUCACUGAGUUGAACUCAGCACCCUUGGGCCUGCAGUACCAGCGGUGUAAAUCGUUUGCUCGUCGACCAUAGAGUACUUGAAAGAGCCUUUUACAGCUGUGGAAGAAUUGCUGUGAUUUUACUGAACAUCAGAACUUCGAGCAAACGUCAAAGAUGGUGGUACUGCCUGCCAUGCCACUGGGUGUUGAUGCCCCAACAUUGAGCGCAGAGGUCAUUGGCCCCAAUGAGCACUCUGAGCCUGACGCUGUCGUACUCAAUUCUUUGAGCUACGCGUACGCUGGGCACAGGCCUGUGCUGUCAGACCUCUCUCUAAAGCUGCCACGAGGCAGCAGAUGCCUGCUCAUUGGGGCCAACGGCGCUGGCAAAACAACGCUGCUGCAGAUCCUGGCGGGGCAGUACAUGGUGGGCAAGGAUGCCGUCAGGAUCCUGAACAGACCGGCUUUCCACGACAUCCAGCUGACAUCAUCUGGUGAGCUCAGCUACCUGGGCCAGCAGUGGCGCAGAGAUGUGGCCUUUGCCGGCUACAACGUGCCCAUACAGGGGGACAUUGCGGCUGGGAAGAUGAUCUUUGGGGUGGAGGGGGUGGAUCCGGACAGGCGGCAGAAGCUGAUAGACCUGCUGGAGAUCAAUCUGGAAUGGCGCUUAAACAAAGUGUCUGACGGCCAGCGCCGCCGAGUGCAGAUCUGCAUGGGCCUCCUUAAGCCCUACCAGGUGCUGCUGCUGGAUGAGAUCACAGUGGACUUGGAUGUGGUGGGGCGUCUGGACCUGCUAAACUUCUUCGUAGAGGAGUGCGAAGUGCGUGGAGCCACCAUCAUCUACGCUACUCACAUCUUUGACGGUCUCGAGCGCUGGAUCACCCACCUCGCCUAUGUGUCCGAGGGUCGCCUGCAGAAAAGCGCGCCAGUGGGGGAGGUGGCGGAGCUGCAGAGCGGGCGGAAGCUGCUGCGCAUUGUGGAGGGCUGGCUGCGCGCUGAGCUGGAAGCUUCCCGCGCCCGAGAAGCUGCCGACCCGGCUGCCAAAGCCGUGCGGCCGGGUGCCGCUCUGCCAAAGCAGGCCGGGCCCCUCAUGCACAGCAAGCACAUGAUGUUCUUCCGGGGAUGA